CCUUCUUUCAACACGCCCUUCAUAAAGCGGCGCAAACCCUCUACUCAAUUCACCACGUGUACCUUAUCAUUCCCCUUCCUUCUCUCUAACUCCAACCCUAAUUCUCUAACCACCUAUAUAUACACACCCCCAUACCCUUCUCUCUCUCCCUCCAAUUUUACUUUCUUCUUCUUCUUCUUCUUUCCCCAAUUCCCAAAAUCGAAACCCUAAACAUCCAAAAUUAGGGUUUCCCCACUCUAAUGUGAUUGUUCAUUCAUUCACAAAAAAACGAAAUCAAUCACAAGAAUUUUGAUCAAAUCAAUCCAAUGGCUGAAAAGAAACACGGCGUAAUAGGUUACGCAUUAGCACCAAAGAAACAAAACAGUUUCAUCCGCGACUCACUCUUAACCCUAGCUUCAUCACGCGGAAUUAAACUCAUCCAAAUCGAUUCAACCAAACCCUUAAUCGAUCAAGGACCGUUCGAUUGCAUCCUCCACAAACUCUACGGCGACGAUUGGAAACGCCAGCUUCAACAAUUUCAAAUUCGAAACCCUAAUGCUGUUAUUCUCGACGCGCCGGAAGCGAUUGAGCGUCUUCAUAACCGAAUUUCAAUGCUUCAGGUUGUUUCUGAGCUUAGGGUUAGGGUUGGGGUUGAUGAAAAAGGCGGCGAAACAUUCGGGAUCCCGAAACAGAUCGUGAUUUAUGAUAAAGAGACUCUUUCUGAUGGCCAGGCUUGGGAGAGUUUAAAGUUUCCGGUGAUAGCGAAGCCGUUGGUGGCCGAUGGAAGCGCGAAAUCGCAUAAAAUGGCGUUGGUUUUUAGCCACGGGGCGUUGAAUAAGCUGAAACCACCAAUUGUUUUGCAGGAAUUUGUGAAUCAUGGUGGGGUGAUUUUUAAGGUGUAUGUUGUUGGUAAUCAUGUUCGUUGCGUGAAGAGGAAGUCUUUACCGGAUGUUUCUGAGGAGAAGGUGUUGGGUGUUUCGGAGGAUUUGUUGUCGUUUUCGCAGGUGUCGAAUUUGGCAAAUAGGGAUAGUGUGGAUGAUGAUGAAAAGUUUUAUAAGAUGAUGAGUUUGGAUGAUACUACUGAGAUGCCUCCGCAAGCUUUUAUUGUUGAUAUUGCUAGUGGAUUGAGGCGUGCUAUGAAGCUGAAUUUGUUUAAUUUCGAUGUGAUUCGUGAUUCUAGAUAUGGUAAUCGGUAUCUUAUUAUUGAUAUUAAUUACUUUCCAGGGUAUGCUAAAAUGCCGGGCUAUGAGAAAGUUUUGACAGAUUUUUUCGUCGAUUUAAUGUGCAAGAAGGAGCUGGGUGAAAAUGUGGGAAAGGGUCAUGGUGAUGAGGGUAAAUCUGUUAAGGUUUUGACUGAAGAAAAAGAUAUAUCUGUUAAGGUUUUGACCGAAGAAAAAGAUAAAUCUGUUAAGGUUUUGACUGAGGAAAAAGAUAAAUCUGUUACGGUUUGAUCAUGAUUGUGUUGAAUGAACCAUUGAAUGGACCCUUUAGCUGAAUUGGUGGUGGUGGAUAAGGAAAGGACUCAGAGUUGAAGAAUUUCUGAUUAGGCGUAGAAGAUGGGUGGGUACAGUGGUGAAAAAACAAGUUUUAGGGUUGUUUUGUGGGUUAGUUUUUUUAACUUCUUUGACAACAUGUAUAUUCUAUCCACCAUUGCUUUGGAGAUAGGUACCUUUUUUCGAAACACCCUCAAGGUUUAGGAAAGUUGUAUUUUGAGGAUAAGAUCAGUAUGCUAGAUUGAAACUGUUUUGCUUUGUGCUUUUGUUUUUUAACUCAAUGCCUUUAUUCUCCAUUUUGUUAAAUUCUAUUCUCAUUCUAGAUUUA